AUGACAGUGAUCCGAGCUAAAGUUGUGGGGAAGAAGCUCAUGAAAGAUGGACCAUUUGGAACAAUGAGAUACACAGUCAAGCAGAUGAAGAUGUACAGGGGCUUCCAGAUAAUGCCACAUGUUCAGUACAUCUACACAGAAGCCUCUGAGAGUCUUUGUGGAGUCAAGCUGGAGGUCAACAAGUACCAAUAUCUGAUAACAGGCCGUGUGUAUGAAGGGAAGGUUUACACUGGCCUGUGCAACUGGUAUGAGAAAUGGGACCGGUUGACUUUGUCUCAGCGUAAAGGACUGAAUCAUCGUUAUCAUCUGGGCUGUGGAUGCAAGAUUAGGCCCUGCUACUAUUUGCCCUGCUUUGCCACCUCCAAGAAUGAGUGCAUUUGGACGGACAUGCUCUCCAACUUUGGCCAUUCAGGAUACCAAGCGAAGCACUACGCCUGUAUCCAGAGGGUGGAAGGUUACUGCAGCUGGUAUAGAGGAUGGGCGCCUCCAGAUAAAACGAUAAUCAAUGCCACAGAUCCCUGAGCACGCUAUCCCUUUCUUAUCUCCCCUCUCCCUUACUUGUGGCUGAUCUUCGUUUGGACACUAACUCUUACCAGAUCAUGAUGAUGACAAUGAAAUUAGUGCCUGUUUUCAUGCAAAUUUUAGCACUUCGAACACUUAAAAAAGAAAAGAAAAAAAAAAAGGAAAGAAAAGAAAAAAAAGUCUGUGCUACCUUACUGAAUUUGUAUUCACCUUUUCCAUUUUUUGAUACCACUCAUUUUGAUCAGAUGACAUUUGGGAGCUUACUUUUGCACACCAGAGGGAAAAAUGGGAGGGGAAAAAAAAGAAAAAAAGAUGGAGCUCUUGCUCUCUUACACGUAUCAUUAGUUGUAGCAAUAUAAUCUCUAUUUUUUUAGGAAAACAAAAAUCUAAAAACUAUGCCAAUUAGGCACUGUAUUCUUCUAUGCGCUGGCUUCCCGUCACCCCUCCUCAUGCACUAAGUGCUGAAAAAUACGUAGACACAUCUGUUUGAAGGAAAACAGGUUUCAUUAAUCAGAUGAUUGGCAAAUGAAACAAACUGAAAAGAAACCCAGCCUAAACUCUGGAAAAAAUUACGUCCAAAAGAAAUCCUCCUCUGUGGGAGAGAUUGGUAAUGUGAUUGACUCCAGCAGUGGAAGAAUUCACCUGGUGUGUCUGACCACAUCGUCUGGUAAAAGCAUUGUUGACUGAUUGUCCUAGCUAAUUCAGUCACAGUGUGAAUGCAACAGCACGUUCAAGUUCUGGCUUUCCCAGAACAAAAGAGAGAGUAUUUUGUAUUUUUUUUGUUGUUUAAAAAACAAAAACCCCAUCCCCUAUGUUCAGGGAGGUAUAUCCACCUACAGCAGAGCAGAUGAAGUGCUGUGCCAUCCUGUUUUGAGCAGCAUUGGCCCCUGAAAUUUUUGCAGCUUAGCUUCAACAGCAAAGCCAGCUUGUGAACACCUUAAACCAAACAGAUGCAAAAAUACCAACUGUAAAUCAAUCACAUGGAAGAGGGAAGGGGAGACUUGCUAGAGCUCUUACUAUUAAAAAAAAAAAAAAAAUCUAUUGCCAAAAUAGUGUUUUGCUGAACUAAGAUGUAUAUACACAUAAUGACAUAAGCUAUUUUUGACAGGAAGUGGAAUUUUUUUGGUGUUGUAAACAAAAGAAUGGUUUGAUUGUGUUUUAAAAACAGAAAUAUUGACAUUCCGAGUCAGUGAGUUGUUUUUAAGAUAUUGAAGCUCCAGUGUAUCUGCAGUAGCGGCUACAGUCAUUGUUUCCUCUGUACCUCUGUGCACCAUGGUUUGUCCUCUGCAGCUACACUAGCUGCAUUUGUUUAUAUAGUGAAAGGAAGUGUGUGUGGGGGCUAGGCAAGGAAAAGUGGUCUCUUAAGUGCUGGCUGGGAUCAUAAAAUUUCAGCUGCCCAGAGGAUUCCUUCUGUGUCAAGUGCUGUGUUUCCCUCGAGGCACUGCUAAGCAUUGCUCUGUGCAUGUGCUCGUACCGUGUCCUGCAGUGAUGUGGGAGGAGGAGCCUUACUGUCUUGUGCUUUGCUGUUGACUGGAGAAGUUUUUUCGUUCUAUUUUGUUUUUAUUAAGAAAACUAUAAUAUAAUUUUUCUUAUCAAAUAAAAGUAUUUUAAGUUUUAAUGAUGGUGAAGAAGGGGUGCUGACAAAAUGGGUGACUGAGUUUUGGAUGGGGAGGGCUUGGGCAGGGAGAAGAUUAUGCUUAACUUCUUUUUUUGUAUUAUGAUGAUUAUUUAUCUUAAGUUUCCAUAUAUCUUCAGUUCAUUCCACUUAAAAAGCAGAGCUGCCACCAGCAGGAAAAAGUGUUGCAGUGAUUCCAGCCUGGGGCAAUAUAACAUUUUACAGUCAGUGACCUCAAUUACUAAAGAGUUGUUUGGGGCUUCUUUGCCAAAUGGAAAGGAAAGGGUGUCUGAGAUGGGCCCUGAUGCGUUUUUAUAUUCCUUGUGUCCUGCCAGACAUAUAUCCCCUGAAAUGCCCAUUUACUAGAUGAAUUGUUGCAGCAAAAAGUGCAUAGCUUCAUCUUUAACGUGAACUUUAAAGGGCAUUUUCAAAGAGUUGAUGUAAGAGGUGCCUAGGUCUGCUGUGUAAUUUUAUUUUUUUUUUCAGCUGCUCUGAGUGGUAACACAGCACAAACAACAGUGAAAGUCUGUUGGAUUUUCCUGUGAUUCAGGCUUGGAACACUUUUCAGAAAUCCUCCUCCCUGUGACUACUU